UCUCCAUCUGUAGUGAAUAUGCAGCGCUUCCUAAACAUCGAUUUUUUUCGAACUAAGCAUGAUUCAAACGAAAUCAUUGUAUAACUUUUUAAUUUUUCUAAGUUUAAUUAACACUCGAGAUCAAAGGAUUGUGUAUCGCGUAAUUGCUCGAUUUGUUUAAGAAAAUUGCUAAUGUACGAAAUUAGGAAACCCAUAUAUUGUAAUCGCAUAACCUCUAAUUAAUUAGAUUAUUGCAUGCACUAGUAAAACAGAAUGAUGUCAGAGGUUUGUCGUUUCUUAAACGGUAUGACGAAGAAUAUACCGAUUUACUUCAACAUUAAUAUUAUUAAUGCUAUUAGACGAAACUAAAAAUCUUCAAAAUGUUACGACGAAAUAGAUUUAAGAACAGAGUGAUCGUCAUUGGCUUUCUAAUGUUGCUCACUGUAAUAUACAAUGAAUUUCUAGUCUACGAUGUCCAGAAAUUCAAAUGGUCUUCACGAGAGUGUUCGGAAUGCGUCAAAGUACUACUGGUCGCAGAUCCACAGAUAUUGGGUGAACAAACCGAAAAGUAUUUUGGCUCAUCUGUAGCAAAAUGGGAUAGCGAUAGGUAUUUAAAGAAAACGUUUUCAAGAGCAUUGGGCCAUUCCCAACCUCAUGUCGUCGCAUUUUUGGGCGACCUUAUGGACGAAGGUCAUAUCGCCAACGCGGAAAUGUUUCAAGCAUACAAAAGAAGAUUAGAUUCUAUAUUCGAAAUGCCUGAUCACAUUAUGAAAAUUUACUUGCCAGGUGAUAACGAUAUCGGAGGCGAAGAGGAUAUAGUCUCGUUUAAUACUCAUAAUAGAUUUAAUUUUGCAUAUUCUCAACCAGACACUUUAGUUUAUAAGACGGUAACGUUUUUCAAGGUUAACAGACUGACUCAUACGAUGCCAGAAGCUCCGAAAGAUGCCUUUCUUAAUGAUUACGCAGAAAGAAACACGACAAAUGUAGUAUUUAGCCACAUGCCUUUACUAUUCAUGCCUGGAACUUUUGUCCAAAAUGUAUUGAAAGAAUUGUCCCCUCAAAUUAUUUUUACUGGUCACGAGCAUAAGGCAAUGCAUAUCAGUUUGGACACGGCAACCGACCAAUUAAGCGAGAUUUGGAUUUUACCUCCCUAUGAAACACCAUUAUAUCAAUUAAGAAUGGACGUAGGUGACAUUCACGAAGUGCAAAUGCCUACUUGUUCGUACAGAAUGGGUACACCUCAUACAGGAUAUGGAUUAGCCUAUAUCGAUACUCAAGAAAAAACGGUAGAAUUUACGAUAUUAUGGUUGCCAGGAAGAUUUCCACAAUUAUGGAUUUAUGUUUUUGUUGGAAUUUUCAUUCUAGCAUUUAGUGUUCUACUUUGUAUUUCCAGUUAUUGCUUAAAGAGUCAUGCAGUGUAUAGUCGUAUGUCUUCGAUAUAAUAGAAGACGUAAAUAUGAUCCGAGCUUUUAAAUUAAUAUCUACGAUGAUAACUUGACAUUAGAAAUGAGGUACAAAGAUCCGUCCAAUACAUGUGAUUGUGCUACCAUCUAUGUCAAGUUUCAAACGAAAUAAUGUGAUGAUCAUCUAAUGAUUCAAUGCUUGUAAACGAGAAAACUACUUAGAACAUGUUCCUAAAUGUCUCUCUCUUAUCAUUGUUGACAUCUAAAGAAUGAACGAUUCAAAUUCUAAGUAAAUUCAUUCAUGUUUAAACUUAAUCGAUUUACUUAACUUUCAGCGUUAUGUACGUGAAACGAUGCCAAACUUACUUACCGUUAUCAUACGUAACUUUGCAACUUUUAGUAAACACUAAAGUUGCAAAGUAUAAGGCUAAAACAGUCUAAUUUCCAUAUAAUCUACCACUUUUACUUUGCGAGUCGUAUUUUUGAAAAUAGUGUUUGCUAUAAUUAGACGGUUUAUAAGAUGAUUAUAUGUCGAGAAAGAUUAUAAUCAUGUGACGAUGUAUAGUUACACGCUAUCGAGAGAAGUUUCGUUUAAAAGAGACGAUUUAUAUUUAUGCGUAAAACUGUAUGUAUAUACUUGUUUGACAAAAAUAAAUGUUAAAUGUUGAAGU